AAGCUCCGCCCCCUUGGCCAUGUCCCAAAAGCUUCCAAAAUGGCGAUUGAACAGUGGUUUGAAACUUCAUCUUUUUGAUCCGAGGUCACACGGGACAAAAAGGUUGUCGGGCACAGCUUUUAUCUUCAUUCGGCUUUGGUCCUACUUGGUCCUGCGGCCAUUUAAACUUCAGGUGUUCCAGUUGUGCUCCCUCGGAGAAAUCUUUGCGCCAACGCUGAACAUUCUAAAGUGUUUGCAUUCCCCUCCACGUUGAUAAAAGUCCACUUCCAGCUGAAAAGUAGUGAAAUGACUUCUCCCGGUCCCAUUUUUUUCAGACCGCAAAAAAACACAACUGCCAGUGGAAAGGGGGUGUGUGGACUUUUGUGCAUGCACCGUAUUCAACUCGGAGGCAACUGCGCAUCUGCAAUGUGUGUGCGUCUUCUUUGAUGCUCGAAACUGAAAAUCUUUCUUGGUUUUUUUUGAGUGCCUCUGAGGCAAAUUCCCUCAUUGCAAGAAAGACCCCUGCUAAACUCACCUACGCGACGAGCACGUCACUUCAGAUUUCUCGGAAUGGAACGACGACAACGUUUCAAUGCAAAGCGCUUCGCUCCAUUUUAUGCAGGGUAUUUUUCAAUUUUUUGGGAAAAACCCCACGCCGGGGACGACCCAGGUUUCACAUCUCUGGGCUGGCCUCGAAUUUGACUGAAAGACUUAAACCUGGUUCCUUGCGGUCACAGGCCGUAUUUUUAACCGCUAUGGGGGAAGGGAAGAGAUCUGUUUUUUAAAAAUACUUUUACAUCCGAAACAUGUCACCAAAACUUGGUGUUUUUUUUUUUUUUUUAAACGAGUAUUUUUGGAAGGAGUUUGGUGUUCCGGCCUUCUGCGUUUCAUCAGCUGACGUCUCUUCCGCGACACACAAGCAGCAGCUGUUUCUAUGAACAGCGAGCAGUUGAGACAGGCCUCCCGACGCUGCGAUGAACCACGACGCCUGAACGCAACCUUCACCCUUCAGGCGCAUCCAGAGGAAAAACAGACGUGGAGGCGGAGGCUACAUGCGAGCUCCUCUUUGACACAACCGACAAGAAGAAAAAAGCCGGCCGGGAUGGACUUUGUGAUGAAACAAGCGCUGGGCGGUGCCACCAAAGACAUGGGCAAGAUGCUGGGCGGCGAGGAGGAGAAGGACCCCGACGCCGCCAAGAAGGAGGAAGAGCGCCAGGAGGCUCUCAGGCAGCAGGAGGAGGAAAGGAAGGCCAAACACGCCCGCAUGGAGGCCGAGAGGGAGAAGGUCCGCCAGAGCAUACGGGACAAGUACGGCUUGAAGAAGAAAGAAGAGAAGGAGGCGGAGGAGAAGGCGGCCUUGGAGCAGGCGUGCGAGGGCUCCCUGACGCGCCCCAAGAAGGCCGUCCCCAGGGGCUGCGGGGGCGACGACGGCGACGACGACGGCGGCGGCGGCGGCAUCCUGGGCACCAUCCUCAAGUUCCUGCCCGGCCCGCUGCAGGACAUGUUCAAGAAGUAGACCGACCGACCGACGGGACGGACGGCGAGCGAGCGAGCGAGCGAGGAAUUGUGGGAAAGAAAGGACGGGGCAGGUUUACCAAAAAAAAAGGAAAAAAACGGGAAUUGAGGAUAAGCAGCUCGGAAAACGGAAGGAUGGAGGCUGAUUCGUAUUCUUGCCAAAGUGUUGCAGGCUUGACACUGCCUCAUAACUUUUUGUGUUUUAUUUACUCCAAUCAGGCCUUUCGAUCGGUUCGGUCGUCACCUGUCGCUAGGCGGACGCCGCCAAAAUCAAAGUACGUAUUUGCGACACGUGCCUUCAACGCCGAUGGACCCGGGAACGUUUCGGAAGGAAGUGACCCCGCCCGUCCCUUUUUGGUGGGACUCUGGAGCGGCUCCCGUGGUUUUAUGGUGAACUUGAACGUCACUUGGCCAAUUUGUUUAACGCAAUGACAAAAAACUCCGUAUCGCUGCGGAAGUCUCCGACGGGGGCGCCGUUGGAUGCGAAGGCGCGUAACCAUCGUGUCCGCCGUACGUAAACUUUCCGAAUUCCGGAAUUCUGCUUCUCUGUGUGAAAGUCUACACCUUUGCUGGAUUCUCUUUUUUUUGUGUGAAAGCUUUUUCUUCAGCUCCCUUUGUUGAGACAAUCAGCAAAAACAUUACUGGGCGCGAGGUUGAACUUCUUCCGCUUUUUCAAAUUCAAAUUCAUCACCAUGGAGACCAAAGAUUGCCAUUGCUUUGUCCAACACCCCCCCAAACACACACACACACACACACAAAAUUACUAAUAAUGAUCAUGAUAAUGAAGGUUGUCCCUCAAACACGACAGCAAGCCGUGCGCUUGUGCCGCGAUGCACCGGCGACGCCCCAACGAUGCAUUGGCGGCGCGUGAGUGGCGUGACGGCGUCGCACCGACGGAGGUGCGGCCACGGCGUCGUCGGUGACGCUUUGCCUGUCAGCUGUGCGUGCGUUCCGGGAGUGUCAGCGGUGCAUCAGCGAUACAUAUUUGGCGCAUCAGUAGCAAUUUGUGAGCGGUGCAUUAGCGGCACGCAAUGGCGACGUGAGUGGUGCGCUGUCAACACGUCAGCGGCGCAAUGGUGUUUGUUCCCUUGUGGCCGCAUCAGCGGCGUCUCCGCGAUGCAGCGGUGGUGCGUCAGUGGUGGGAAAUCGGUGCAUUUGCGGCGCCGGGAGUUGGUUCCGGACGUGAGUUGCGUUCCUGUAGCUGUGCCAAACGUACAUUUGUGACGCAUCCGUGUUAGCUCAGUGUCGCAUCAGAGGUGUGCCAUCGCCGCGUUCGGGAUACAUCGGCGGUGUGCCAGUAUUGCGUCGCAAGUGGACGGUAAA